AUGAACAUCAGUACCAGGGAUAGUUGCGAUGCAUUCCAACUCUCCAGUCGCCACGUCCCCGUCCCCAGUAUUACUUGGCCCUACAUCGCCGCUGAGCUGCUCAUCGCUCUCCUCGCUAUCGCUGGGAAUUUCCUGGUCUGUCUGGCCGUGAACCGAAACCGGAAGCUACGCACCGUCACCAACUUCUUCCUGGUGUCGCUUUCGGUGGCCGACAUCUUUGUGGGCGUGCUGGCGAUCCCGUGUGCCGUGUUGACCGACUUGGGCCAGCCGCGCCACAACCUGCCUCUGUGUCUGCUCCUCCUGAGCGUGCUCAUCGUGCUAACCCAGAGCUCCAUCCUCAGCCUGCUAGCGGUAGCCGCAGAGCGCUACGUGGCCAUCCUGCUGCCGCUCCAGUACCAGAGGAUCGUGAGCCCCAGGAACGCCCGGCUGGCCCUGAUCCUCACCUGGUGUCUGGCCCUACUCUCUGGUUCCAUCCCUCUGAUGGGCUGGCACGAAUCACUGCCACCUUCUGGGGCCUGUCUCUUCCCCUGUGUGGUCAAUUUGAGUUAUAUGGUCUACUUCAACUUCCUGGGCUGCGUGCUGGUUCCCCUGGUGGUCAUGUUUAUCAUCUACGGUCGCAUCUUCCUCACGGUCCGACAGCAGCUCAGACGCAUCGCAGCCGGGAGGGGACCAGCCAGCGAGUAUAAGCGAGCGGUGCGUAUGCGCCGUGAGGUGAGAAAAGCCACCUCUCUGUUCCUGGUGUUGUUCCUGUUUAUGCUGUGCUGGCUGCCUCUCCACUUCCUGAACUGUGUUACGUUGAUGUGCCCACGCUGCCACGUGCCCCUGCCCCUCACCCUGGCAGCCAUACUGCUGUCCCACGCCAACUCUGCCCUUAACCCGCUGCUCUAUGCCUAUCGCAUGAGGUCCUUCAGACACACACUGAGGGCGCUCUGCUGCACACACACUGCAUGA